CUCACCUGUUUUUCUCUUUUUCUCAAUCCACCCUUUUGAAUUAAUGGAGUUCUUCCAAAAGGCAAAAGUGGUGCGUUUGAGAAGCUACCAUGACAAGUACAUGUUGGCCGAUGAGAAUCAAGAAAACGUGUUCCAAGACCGUAAUGGUUGCUACAAUAAUGCUAAAUGGGAAGUGGAGAUCAUAGAGAAUUCAAAUUUCAUAAGAUUGAAAAGCUGCUAUGGAAAAUACUUAACAGCUUCAAACAUGCCCUUUAUAUUGAGAGGAACGGGAAAAAAUGUCUUCCAAACAUUGCCUUCUAGGUUGAAUUCUUCUGUCGAAUGGGAACCCAUAAGAGAAGGAGUUCAAGUCAGAUUAAGAACACGUUACGGACAAUAUCUUCGUGCCAAUGGAGGCUUACCACCUUGGAGGAACACCAUCACCCAUGAUGUUCCUCAUCGAUCCUCAACAGCAAAUUGGAUUUUGUGGGACGUUGACAUAGUUGAGCUUCGACCUCGGAAUCAACUCAAACCCCGACCACGGCCAACACCUAUUACGCCUCCCAUUUCUCGUUCCUUGAAUCCAUCGCCCACGUGUCUUUCACCUUCUUCAUGUCCAUCGGCGAUCAUCGCAGACGUCGAUUCAUUGGUAAAGAUUGAUCUCCGAUCUCCCUUAACGCCCGAGGCUGAAGAUUACUCACAAGAGUGUUUAUCACCCGUGAAAGAGGGAAGAGUUAUAUUUUAUAAUGUGGGUGACGAAAAUGGUGAUGUUGAUGAUGCAAAGAAAGAGUCAUAUUUUAUCUUUAAAGGAAGUUGUGUGAAUGAACUAAAAGAUAAAUUGAAAGAAGAAACAGGGCUUGAUGAUAUUCUUGUGUGUUGUCGCAAUCCAUUCACUGCAAAACUUUAUCCACUUCGUUUACAAUUACCUCCUCAUGCCAGUGACAUGCAUGUAGUUGUCGUUCCUUCUUCAUUCAAUGAACAAUGAUGCAAGGAGGUGACAGUUAUCUUAGCAGUUGAAUGCUCGAAUAGUUGUGUAUAUACAACAUAUAUUUGUUGAGUUGAGUAUACAAGUGUGGAUGAGUACAGUAAUCCUUCAAACACAAUGAGGCAACAACCAACCAUGAAGAACUGAAGUUUCAAAAUUAUCAAAAUUGUUGGUGGACUUGGUUGUUUGGAAUGUAAUGCAAAUU